AUGGUGUUCCUGCAGCGCAGCUGCCCCAUCAACCCCCGCAAGCGCCCGGCCCCGCCGCUCGAGCUCGAGCCCGAUCCCGAGCCCCCCAGGGCCGCCGACCCCGACGCUUCCUCCGACGUCGACGCGGCGGCGGCGCUGCUCGCCGACGCGGGCUGCACGCUCCUCGUCCCGCCGCACCAGCCCCCGUCCCUCUCCUCGCCGCACACGUUCGCGGCCCGCCUCUCGCGCAAGCUCUCCGCGGGCGGGGACGCUUCCUCCCCCUCGGCCCCCGCGCGGCGCCUCCUCGAGGGCCUCGCCGCCUUCGCGGCCUCCUCCCCUGCGCGGCUCCGCCAGCUGCUCCUCCCGACGGCGCCGCACGCGCCGAGCCUCGCGCGGGCUCUCCUCUCCGUCCCCGCGCUCCAGCCGGGCCUACUCGCGCUGCUCCUCGAGAAGCUGCCCGAGCACUUCGACGAUGGCGGCGGCGGCGCGCUCGACGGAUUGCCGCUGCAGGACGACGUGGGGAGGCUCAUCGUGUCGCAGUUCCGCUGGCUGGAUUUCCUCGUCGACGCCGACGCCUUCGUUGACAAGCUCGUGGAGGUGCUCUCCGUGGCCCCGCCCCGCCUGAAGAAGGAGAUCAUCGGCUCGCUCCCGGAGAUUGUUGGCGACCAGAGCCACGCCGCCGUGGUUACUGCGCUCGAGAAGCUCCUGCAGGAGGACUCCGAGAUCGUGGUCGCUGUGCUUGAUGUGCUGUCGGAUCUUAACCUCAACGAGGAAUUGCAGGAGCAGGCAGUGACUGUUGCGAUAUCAUGCAUCCGGACAAUUGCUCCAGACCAGAUGCCUCAUUUGCUCAGGUUCUUGCUUUUGUCGGCUACGCCAGUCAAUGCUGGGAGGAUUAUAUUGCAGAUACGUGAGCAGCUCAAGUUUGUUGGUGUGGUGGAUCCACGGGCUGCACGAAAUAAGAAGCCUAAAGGGAAGGCAUCGGCUAAAAGCACUGAUGGGGCAAUACUUGAUACACUGAGAUCAGGCCUGCGGUUUAAGAAUAUGCUUUGUGAGGCUUUCUUGAAGGAGCUGAAGUCAGUUGACCACCCGAGGGAUCACAAAGUGAUUGAUGUUUGGCUCAUCAUGCUUAUCUAUGCCAAUGGUGGUGCUCUACAGAAGAGUGCAGAGAAAAUAUUGAAGUCCAAGAUCUUACAGGAGUGCAUAAGAGAGACGCUGUUUGAUCAAUGCAUUCAUGGAAACACUGAACUGGUGAAGGAACAUUUCAUGUCAUACCUCUCAGUUAGCAAUUACUUGUUGGCUUGCAAGGAAGAGAAAGCUAGAGAGUUUGCAGCUUAUUUGUUCAUAGCACUAUUUGAAGAGUUCAUUGAUACAUAUUCCAGGCAAGAGCUUGUGGGUUCAUUGGUCGCUCAUAUAGGUUCUGGUGUUAGCUAUGAAGUUUCAUCUGCUCUGGAUAUCAUGAUUUCUCUAACAUCCAACAAUUCGGAGGAACUGAUUCCUAUAUCUUCACAUAUAACUGGAAUAUUGGAUUACUUGGAGAGUUUUCAUGAAGAUAAUCUUCGGAAGGUUUACGAUAUCUUCUGUCGUUUGGCACUGGCUGCUGGCUUCAAUACUGGUUCAGGUGGCUCUAAAGUAGCUAAUGAGCUUCUAAUGGUGGUGAGAAAGCAGGUUGGUAAUCCAGACAUGAAGUAUAGACGGAUGGGAAUAAUUGGGGUUUUAAGGAUAGUUUCUACUAUUGCUUCCACUGAUGUCAAUGCUGUUGUGAACUGUUCAUCAUCUCAGCAACCAAAUUGUGAGGAGGCCCUGGAAUUGCUGAAGAUGUCUGUUAACUCAUGCAAAUUUGUGACAUUACCCUUGAUUUUUCUAUAUGAUGAAUUAGCUGCUUUGCUGGAUAGCAAAGUUAUUCACUCUUCAAUUCAUGAGUGGGUAGGAGAGCAUGCUGCAGAAUUAUUUGAGACACCUUUUCUUGCUGAUCUAGAAAAUGGCGAACUACCGGAGAAAUGUGUAUGUGAUGACAUAGAAGGAGAAUUAUGGAUGAAGUUGGAUGGAAAUAUCUCUCCAAUCUCAAUCCUGCUUGCAGAUCCUUAUGUCCCAAUUUUCACUUUUAACAACAAUCUCUUCACUCUUGUACAAAAGUACAAGGACUUCACUGCUUCCACUAUAUAG